AUGCAGGUGGUUUGCUCUGAAUGGGGAGAUGGCUUUGCCCUGGUUAUUGCCUUCCUCUUUCUGGUCACCUUUGGCAGCCUGGUGUCCCUGAGCUUCUCUAACCCAGGUAUCUUAUACCCAGGCUCCCUUGAGCAGGACCCUGAGGCAGCAUACAUCACCUGGAUGUAUCAAAAGGCUUUUCUGAUACCCUGGUGUCCCCAUUGCUCCUUCCACUGCCCACCCAGGACCUUCCACUGUGAAUAUUGUAACAUCUGUGUGGAGGAGUUUGACCACCACUGUACGUGGGUGAACAACUUUGUGGGGCACUGUAAUAGCCAGCUGUUCCUGCUGCUACUUGGGUUGCUUUGCCUUUACCUGGGUGCUGUGCUGGUGAGGUGUGUCAUGUUCUUUGUGUGCACCAGAGAGAUGCCAUUCUUCUUGGACAAAGCCAUGGCAUAUCUAGUGGCUCUCCCUGCCACCUGCACCCUGCUGCCACUCAUCUUGGGGCUGCUGAGCCAGGCUAUAGCAGUGAGCACCGUCACACGCCCCUUCGAGGGCCUAGAUUCUCAACUAGACAGGUAAGCGGGGCCCAGUGCCUGUGCUGGGUUACCCGGUUGUGCACCUCUGCCACCUGGGCACUUUCUGUGCCUUCUCCACUGCCCUUGCCCCUGAUUGUGCCUCAUUA